AUGUUUGGUGCUAGAGACCAUCGGGACCGGCCCCCCGAGGAGGGGGCAGCCUCAGGGCUCCAGGGCUUCGCUGUGGACAAGACCUUCCUCUCCUCUCUCAGAGGCAUCCUACUGGAAACCGAGCUGGCCCUGACUUUCGUCAUUUUUAUCUGCUUCACUGCAUCCAUCUCUGCCUACAUGGCCGCGGCCCUGCUCGAGUUCUUCAUCACACUCACCUUCCUCUUCCUCUAUGCCACCCAGUACUACCAGCGCUUCGAUCGGCUUAACUGGCCCUGCCUGGACUUCCUCCGCUGUAUAAGCGCCAUCAUAAUUUUCCUGGUGGUCUCCUUUGCUGCUGUGACCUCCCGAGAUGGAGCUGCCAUUGCUGCUUUUGUUUUUGGCAUCAUCCUGGUUUCAGUCCUUGCCUAUGAUGCCUUCAAGAUCUAUCAGACUGAGAUGGCACCCAGGGCCACUCAGGGGGAACAGCAGUGA